CUUCACUCUAAAUUCGGGCUUCUUCUUCAUUUUCUUCUCUACCAUUUACAUACAUUUCCUUCUCUCUUUUUUUCUCUACAAUCUCUAACGAUGGGAAUGCCAGUCAUCGAUCUGAGCGGUCUGGAUGGAGAGAACAGGAAAGAAACGAUGGCUCUCUUGCGAGAUGCCUUCGAGAACUGGGGCUUUUUCCAGAUUGUGAACCAUGGGAUGCCCCUGGAAGUAAUGGAUAAGGUGAAGAAGCUGGCAAACGCACACCUUGCUGCAUUAGCACAAAAGAAGUUCCAGGAGUCGGAGUUGGUGAAGAAAUUGGAAGGGGUCAAAUCCGAAUCGGAGGUAUCGGACGUUGAUUGGGAGGCCUGCUUCUUUGUCCAAAACCUACCGAUUUCCACCAUCGCGGACGCCCCGGAUCUAUCGGCCCAGCUCAAGGAGGCUGUUGAAGAAUAUGUAGCAGAAGCAAUUAAGCUGACUGAGAAGAUGUUGGAUCUGGUUGGGGAGAACUUGGGACUUGAGAAAGGCUACUUAAAGAAGGCCUUUUCGGGUGCUAAUGGCCCAUUCAUGGGCACCAAGUUCGCCCAAUACCCUUCAUGCCCAAAGGCCGAUCUGAUCAAAGGUCUACGGACACACAGCGACGCCGGCGGUCUGAUCUUGGUCCUUCAAGACGACAGGAUCCCCGGCCUUCAGUUCUUGAAGGACGGCGAGUGGGUCGAUGUCACUCCACUGCCCAACUCCAUCUUCGUCAACACUGGCGAACAACUAGAGGUAAUUAGCAAUGGGAGGAUUAAGAGCAUUCCCCACCGUGUGAUUGCAAGGGAAGAGGGAGGACGGCUGUCCAUCGCCUCUUUCUACAACCCAGCGAGCGACGCAGUGAUCAGCCCGGCCGAGAAGCUGGUGUACCCACAGAACUACCGGUUCGAAGACUACAUGAAAAUAUACUCGGGCACCAAGUUCGCCGAAAAAGAGCCUCGUUUUGAAACCAUGAAGAAGGGUGGCGUUGUGGCCCCAUCUAAUGGCCAAGCUUGCUAUUGAUAGAGCUAGCUUUUUUUGAAGGCAAUACAAAGGAUUGAACCAUGGUUCACUCACACACACCUCACUGCCCUUGGUUUUGCUGUUUUCUCUUAUGUCUGAUUGAAUCGUCAUUGCUUUUGCUGUUUUUUCUCGUGUCUGAUUGAAUGAUUAUCUAUUCUUCUUCCGUGUGUUUUCAGAAAUUAUAUAAUAAUAAGAAUAAUAAUAAAAGCGUGUUAUUCAUUUCGUCA